AUGACCGAGUACGACGACUAUGGUGUCCCCGUUGGUGCAUACCAGGAGCCGGACAGCUUCACCGGCCAGACGUACCGCACAGCGCGCGCUUUCCUUAUUUACAGCGUCAGGCCAUUCGUGGAGAAGAGAGUGACACAGGGACGAUGGAAGAGGCUGUUCAGCCUGGCGAAUGCGCUGGUGGCGAUCUGGUGGGUGGUGGUGUAUUGGGGCGAGAGGGGUGCUUUCAACGGCGCAGUAGGGAGCUGCAAUUGGGACGCCUGGGAGAACUGGGAAGAAGGAGCCAGCCCUCACAGACUCGUCUUCGUCGCCGACCCGCAACUCGUUGACCCGCACACCUACCCUGGCCGGCCAUGGCCUCUCAACCCGCUUACCAUGAAGUACACCGAUCAGUACAUGCGUCGCGCCUACUCUCGUAUACAGACCGAACUCUACCCUGACACUGUCUUCUUCCUCGGUGAUUUGUUCGACGGUGGCCGUGAGUGGUCGACGCGCACGACCAAGUCGCCCGAAAAGCAAUACCAGCAGUACGGUGAUAGCUACUGGAUGAACGAGUACCGGCGUUUCGGCAGCAUAUUCCUUGACCACUGGGGCGAUGGCGGGCUGCAACCACGUCCGGGACAGCCUGGGAGGAAGUUCGUAAGCAGCUUGCCCGGGAACCACGAUCUAGGUUUCGCAAAGGGAGUCCAGAUCGGAGUGCGAGACAGAUUCCACGCAUAUUUCGGAGACGGCAACAGAAUCGACGUGCUGGGGAACCACACAUUCGUGUCCAUAGACAGCGUCUCCCUCAGCGCCCUAGGAGUGCCCUCGUCCCAAGAACUCGAAGAGGUGUGGCGCCCAACAGUCGACUUCCUCUCCGGCGCAAAACAGCAAAAGCGCAAGCUAAUCCAGCGCGAGCUCCGCGUCCAACGCGGCCUCAGACCCUACCCCGGCUUUCCCCACUACGAGAUCGAAUCGCAGGACUUCCCCAAAGCCACCCUCCCGCACGCAGACGACGAGGUAACAGAAUUCCCCACCAUCCUCCUCACCCACGUUCCCCUGUACCGCGCCCCGGGCACCCCCUGCGGCCCGCUGCGCGAACACUGGCCCCCCUCGCCUCCUCCCGCGGGCCAACCCUCCCCCCUCGAGCACGACGAGCGGAACGCGAUUUCCGUCAGCGGCGGGUACCAGUACCAGAACGUUUUGAACAAAGAGAUCAGCGCCGACAUUGCUUCAAAGAUCGGCGACAUCCGGUAUGCGUUCUCCGGCGACGACCACGAUUACUGCGAGCUGGUGCACCGGGGGUACGCGAGCGGCGGCGGCGGCAUCAGGGAGGUUACUGUGAAGAGUAUCAGUUGGGCGAUGGGGGUCAGGCAUCCAGGGUUCGUGAUGGUUUCUCUGUGGAACCCCGUGGAUGCGCAUGGGAAGCCAGUCAAGGGCGACAUGGGCAGGACGGUGCAGACGCAUCUGUGUCUUUUGCCUGAUCAGCUGGGGGUUUUCUUCCGCUACGCCGGACUAUUCGCGCUCACACUCGUUCUGCUGAGCGGACGCGCCGCGCUCGUCGCGGGCAAUGCCCUGCCGCAGCAGCCGCUGACGAGCGAGGAUCCGAUCUUGCCCAUGGCGAACAUUCCCUCCGGCGCCGAAGCAGAGAAGUCGGCACUCGCGCAGCAGCGCUUUGGCGCCGAUGACUAUACGCAUUCGAGCAACUCGAGCACAUCUUCGAACGCGAACGGCAAUCUGCAGGUCCGCAAUGCGCAGGCACGUACUCGCACUGCUUCACCCGCGAACGGGUACGGGCUGCCAAUGCCCAUGCCCCAUCAGCAGAAUACGACGUACUCGCAUCCUCUUGUCCAGCAUGCAGGAUACUAUGGCGAUGAGGAUAGCAAGAAGGAUGUUAAGACAUAUGGGAGCGUGAGCACGAAGAGCAAGGCGAGGAAGAAAGGCUUCGCGCUGUUCAGGCAAGAGCUGAAGAGCAGUCUGGGCAAGGUUAUGAUUUGUGGGUUGGGUUGGUACUUCUGGUUGAUUUGGCAUGGGUAG